AUGUAUGAGGAUUUUCUGGCUGGUUGGGUGGCUGGUGAGUUUUUUUUCGAAUUUUUUUGGCCCCAAAAUUUUCCCCGUGAAAUUUGGAGCAUUUUGAGCUCGAAUAUGCGCCACGUGGAAUUUUUUUCUUUUUUUUGAAAAAAAAAAAUUUUUUUUUUUGAAAAUAAAAAUUCUACAGUACCCCUAGGCAUGUUUGGUAUCAAAAUGCUCCAAAUUUUCCCUACAGUACCCCUCCUGCCUACAGUACUCCCCAAAAUCUACAGUACCCCUUUCCAGGUGGUGCUGGAUUAAUAGUUGGCCAUCCAAUGGACACAAUCAAAGCCCGCCUGCAAACCAUGACAAUUUACACGGGCAUUUGGGAUUGUGCGGUGAAGACAGUGCGAAAAGAGUCGGUGGGUUACUGUAGAUUACUGUAGCCCUGAAAAUUCCACGUUUUUUGACCCCAAAACCAUCAAAAUUGAGCAAAAAUGAUGGUUUUUGUGCGAUCUACAGUAAUCCAAAUUGUUUUUGAUCUACAGUAAUCCAAGAACUACAGUACUCCUUCAGGUAUACGGUCUCUACAAGGGAAUGUUGAUCCCCUUCAUCACAGCCGGCGCAAUGCACUCAAUUCUGUUCUCGGGUUACGGUAUCGCACUACGGUAUCUGCAUCCGGGUGAGAAGAAUGUGGAGAGCCGUAAGGAUUUGCCAAUGUCAGAUGUGAGUACUGUAGGGGUACUGUAGGGGUACUGUAGAGAAAAUUUGGAACAUUUUGACACCCAACAUGCCUAGGGGUACUGUAAGUUACAGUAACCCUAGUCCUACAGUAACCCUAGGCGUGUUGGGUGUCAAAAUGUUCCAAAUUUUCUCUACAGUAAUCCUACAGUACCCCUACAGUAACCCGGUUUCACUUUAAGAUUCUGAUCGCCUCGAUUUGCAGUACAAUGGCUCAGGUGGGACCAAUGAUUCCGGUGGAACUUAUCAAGACGAAAUUGCAGGUACGGUAGGAUACUGUAGCGCCAGGAUUACUGUAGAUCAACUACAGUAACCCAAAAUCCUUUGCAGGUUCAACUGGAUACCGUAUCCCGUUCAAAACGCCACGCGGCUACCGUAUUCUCGGGUCCCGUCGAGUGUUGUCGUCAAAUUUGGCGCCAAUCUGGGCCACGUGGAUUUUUCAAGGGAGGUACCGUAGUCUUUGCGCGAGAUAAUAUUGGAUAUCUAUUUUAUAUCCCAGUUUAUGAGGGAUUAUUGAGGCAGUUCAGGAGUUUUGAUUUGGACAAUAUUUGGACGCAGGUACGGUAGGUUUUGGAGCGAAAAGUACUGUAUUUUGGCGCGCGGGAAAAUUUGGAGCAUUUUGAGACCAAACAUGACUGGGGUACUGUAGGCGCGGGAAUUUGAAAAUUCAAAUUUUUCUCGGGUUACUGUAGCUCACGUAUUUUUUUGCGCGAAAUUCAAAAUUUCGCUCGGGUUACUGUAGCUCAUGCUUUUCUUUGCGCGAAAUUUGAAAAUUCAAAUUUUUUUGAAAAUUUGAAUUUCGCGCUUUUUUUUCUAGGGUUACUGUAGCUCAAUUGUUUUUUGCGCGAAAUUCAAAAAUUCAAAAAAAAAUUUGAAAAUUUGAAUUUCGCGCCGAUUUCUCAAGCUACAGUACCCCCAGUCAUAUUUGGUUUCAAAAAACGUGGAUUUUUCCGUGGGUUACUGUAAUUCCCGGGUUACUGUAGUUUUUGGUUAACGAUUUUUUGAUCUACUGAUAAAUACACAAAAGUUAACAUUACUAAAUAAAUAAAAAAAAUUUUUUUGAACAAAAAAAAUUUUUUUUUUGUUUUGUUUAUACACCUUUUGUUUGCCACGUGGUAACAGAGCUACAGUAACCCUGGACAAAAAUUUUAAUCUUGGGUUACUGUAGAUGCGCCACGUUUUUUGACACCAAACAAGCCCUGGGGGUACUGUAGGGCCCAAAAACCUACAGUAACCCAAGCCUAGGCGUGUUUGGUGUCAAAAUGCUCCAAAUUUUCUGGCCUACAGUACCCCUCUGCCUACAGUACCCCAAUUUUUUUGCAGCUUUUCUCUGGAGGAUGUGCUGGUGUAAGUGGAUGGAUAUCAGUUUGUCCGUUGGAAGUUGUCAAAAAUCGUAUACAAGCGGCAGGAGGAAAUGAGAAAAGGUGAGAGAGCACAGAGAUAGGAGAGAGUGCAGAGAAAAAGAGAAAAAAACACAUUUUUUUGGCCAAAAAAACUGUUUGUAUUGUUGACAUUGACCGAUUUUUGCCAUUUUUUUGUUCUGUGUUUUGAAAAUUGAUUUUUUAGCGCCGAAAAAUUUGAAUUUUUGAUUUUCGCGCUAAAAUUCUACGGGUUACUGUAGAUGUUUCUAGCGCGAAAAUUUUGAUUUUUUGAAUUUUUUUUUGAAAAUUUGAAUUUUUCGAAUUUCCCGCCUAAAAGCUACAGUAAUUUUCAUUAGCGGGAAAAUUUUGAUUUUUUGAAUUUUCGAUAUUUGCGCGAAAAAUUUUGAUCCCGGGUUACUGUAGAUUUUUUGGUGGCAAAAACAGAUUUUUAAAUUUUUUUGAAAAUUUGAAUUUUUGAAUUUUGCGCUAAAAUUCCACGGGUUACUGUAGAUGUUUUUAGCGCGAAAAUUUGAAAAUUCGAAUUUUUUUUGGAAUAUUUGAAUUUUUUAUUUUUUUUUGUGGAAAAUUUGAAUUUUUGAAUUUCCCGCCAAAAUUCCAUGGGUUACUGUAGAUGUUUUUAGCACGAAAAUUUUGAGUUUUGAAUUUUUUUUUCCGGAAAAUUUGAAUUUUUUGAAUUUCGCGCCAAAACUAACCUACAGUAAUCAUUUUUAGCGCGAAAAUUUUGAAUUUUCGAAUUUUUUUUUUGGAAAAUUUGAAUUUUUUGAAUUUCCCACCUAAAAUCUACAGUAAUUUUCAUUAGCGGGAAAAUAUGAAUUUUUGAAUUUCCCGCCAAAACUGACCUACAGUAAUCAUUUUUAUCGCGAAAAUUUUGAUUUUUUGAAUUUUUUUUCUGAAAAUUUGAAUUUUUGAAUUUCCUGCCUAAAAUUCAACGGGUUACUGUAGAUUUUUUGGUAGCAAAACACAGAUUUUUUGAAUUUUUUUUCGGAAAAUUUGAAAAUUUGAAUUUCCCGCCAAAACCGACCUACAGUACUCCAAGCCCAAUCACAUUUACCAUCAAAAAACUGCAAAUUUUUGCCUCCGGGUUACUGUACCCCUACAGUACUCCAUUUUUCUUCCAGAAAACCCCUAAAAGUCGCCACGGAAAUUCUCAAAACCGAAGGUUUCACGGCAUUUUAUCGAGGAGGUUUGGCAAUUUCGAUACGUGGAUUCACUGUGAAUUCCGUCAUUUUUUUGGUCUACGAGAAUUGUUUGAGGAUUUUACACGUGUAA